CCCCUGCCGCGCGGCGCUCAGCACGGGCGCGGAGCCUCCCUCGCGCAGCGCCGGGCCCCGCCAUGGUCGGCCGGGAGAAGGAGCUCAGGAUCCGCUUCGCGCCGGGACGCUGCGAGCUCGUGGAGGAAGAUGUUGACGUUCCCAGUAGGCGAGUUUUGAUCACUGGUGCUACGGGACUUCUUGGCAGAGCUGUAUUUAAAGAAUUCAAUGAAAAUAAUUGGAACACAGUUGGUUGUGGAUACAGGAGAGCUCAGCCCAGAUUUGAACAGAUUAAUCUUCUGGACUCUAUUGCAGUUCAUGACAUUAUCCAUGAUUUUCAACCUCAUGUUAUAGUGCACUGUGCUGCUGAGAGAAGGCCAGAUGUUGUAGAAAGUCAACCUGACGCUGCUUCUCAGCUCAAUGUGGCUGCUUCAGCAAACUUAGCAAAAGAGGCAGCUGGAGUUGGAGCAUUUCUGAUCUACAUUAGUACAGACUAUGUAUUUGAUGGAACAAGCCCUCCAUAUAAAGAGACUGAUGUACCAAAUCCCCUGAAUUUAUAUGGUAAAACCAAACUGGAGGGUGAAAAGGCAGUUCUGGAAAACAAUGAAGAAACUGCAGUACUUAGGAUUCCUGUCUUGUAUGGAGAGGUGGAAAGACUGGAGGAAAGUGCUGUGACAGUAAUGUUUGAUAAAGUACAGUUCAGUAAUAAAUCUGCCAACAUGGACCACUGGCAACAGAGAUUUCCUACCAAUGUCAAGGAUGUAGCAGCUGUUUGCAGACAACUAGCAGAGAAAAGAAUGCUGGACCCGUCAAUAAAAGGUACCUUUCACUGGUCUGGCAAUGAACAGAUGACUAAGUAUGAGAUGGCCUGUGCAAUUGCAGAUGCUUUCAACCUUCCCAGCAGCCACUUGAGACCAAUUACUGAUAGUCCAGUUGUGGGUGCUCUUCGUCCGAAGAAUGCUCAGCUGGACUGCUCCAAGUUGGAGAUGCUGGGGAUAGGUCAGAGAACGCCAUUUCGAGCUGGGAUCAGAGAAUCACUUUGGCCUUUCCUUGUUGACAAGAGAUGGAGACAGACAGUCUUCCAUUAGUUUGUAACUUUUCUAGUAAAAGUAUGGUAUGUGGCACUUUUUUAAAAGAAAAAAUAGUUUUGUAUGAGUGUUCUUAAAUUGUGACAUUUAUGAGCUUUCAUUUAAUUGGGUAAACAAAUGGUCUUGCACUAGUGAAACUUAGCCUAAAAAAUGUUCAGUGACAAAAACUGAGCCUAUUUGAUGUCAUGGAUUUUUCCCUCCAUUUGUACCAGUCUAACUUAGUAUCUGUUCUUGGUGGAUUGAGGUUCUUAGUAAUGAGUACUGUGUGAUGCUAAGAAUGACUCGGAUCACUUGCUGACUUAAUUUUGGCUGAAAUAUAUUGUUGAUGCUUAAGGUCUGUGCCAUUGUUGUAUAUACCAUUUCUCUUCAUUAAAAGACAUGGUCAGUUACUUUGUCACCAAAAAUCUGAGGGUUUUUUUUUUUUUAAUUUCUGAAGGUGGUGUUCUUAGGAAGUUAAGCUGAAGUAGGAAUCCUUAAAUGUUUGUUUUGCUUGAGCUCUGAUCAAAAUGUUUUUUAAAAAAGUGAAGCUUUAUUUUUGCAAUUACCAAGUGUACUUUUUAUGCUUGAAAUAUUUUCAGAAUGUUCUGUAAAUUGAAUGCCUGCAGCUUUGUAUUUGUACAGUAAGUUGUAUGCAUUUGUUUUCAUGGUGACUUAAGGGGGAGGGUGAGGAUGGUGGGAAACCAUUAGUUUUGACCUGGGGUUUUUUUGGGUGGGGGAUUGGAAUUGAAGGAUUUUUUUUUAUUUUUUACUGGGUGGUUAUUUGUUUUUUGUAUGAGAACACAAAAUAUCUUCAUCCUUCCUUUCCCUUUGUGGGGACGGCAUUUGCAACUUGUUAAAUUAAUGGAAGAUGUUUGUUAGUCAGUGCAUGGGAGAUGGAGAGGAAAGGUGUUUAAUAGUUUGUAGCACUGCAGUGGCUUUUGCACAGAUUGUCAGACCUAACACCACUGCAGCAGCUUCUGGAACAGCAAGGUGUAUGUGGUGAAGGUUUGAGGCAUUAUAAAACUGCAACAGUCUAAUAUAAGACAGUCUUUAAAGCUAGACUCAAUAGCAAGGUCAUGUGGAGGAAGAACAUUGUAAAGCUUUGCUUCCUUUUGAAGUUGUUGAAUCAACAAUAUAAAUGUUCUGAUAUUGCUAGCAGAUAAUUAAUAAAGCUAGUAAAAGGUGCAAUUGGAUGAUCAUUUAUUUUUCUGAGGCUGAAAUGAAGGGGAAGGGAAAGAUGUUUAGAUUUAAUUUUUUUUUUAAGUGUAUGGGGGAGACACACAAAAAUAGACCAAUUGAAGGUUUUGUAAAGGUCAGCUUCACGUUCAGUCAUUUCAUUUCAACUGGCCUAUGCUAAGCAUUCAUAAUCCCAAUUUGUUUUUAGUCUGAAGUCCUGAUACACACAUGGUAACCUAUCUCCAAAAUUACAAUAAAUAUAUAUUGCCAGCAUGA